UUGAUGGGGUCAAAUACACAAUACCGUUAAGCGUAAAGGGCAGAAGUACAAAUAUUUACAUUUUUCCGCUGCGGUUCCCUCCACGUCUAUGUGAAACUAAAUUCCCUCCCUUCCCUCGUCUUUUGCUCUUUCGCUCACAUCCUCCCCGAUUCCCUCAUAGCCCACGAGUUCUUCUUCCAAUUACCAAAUACCUAUUGCAGAUCCUCCACGCUAGAGGAAGUCAGUGUUCGAUCACUCGGCCAUCCAUGUCCGGCGGUGCUCGACCUCCCAACCUCCCGGCACCACCACUUACCGGCUCGAUCCACUUCCCAACCCCGCCUCCGAAGCGGAACUUUGCGGCACUCGCAUCGACGAAGCCACCUUUCUUCCUUCCCGAUGACUACCACUGCUUCUCCUCGUCCGUCGAUUCUCAUAGACCCGCCGAAGCUAUAGUCGUUAGAUCGCCCCAAUUAAAGCGGAAUAGUGGAACAGAUGAGAACGAGGUUCAGUCUGCCAAAUGGGCUACCAGUCCUGGAUAUACUUGUGUAGUUAACAGUAUUCUCAACACACCUGUUUCCAUUAAAGAAGGGAGGAUGGACAACAGGCCAAAAUCGUCAAAGGGCAGCAGGUCUGGGCUUCAAACGCCUGUGUCAAAUGCUGGUCCUUCUCCUCUUACUCCAGGCAGCUGUCGUUACGACAGUUCCCUAGGAUUGUUGACAAAAAGGUUCAUCAAUUUGCUCAAGCAAGCAGAGGAUGGUAUUCUUGACUUAAACAAAGCAGCAGGAACUUUGGAGGUGCAGAAGAGGCGAAUAUAUGACAUCACAAAUGUAUUGGAAGGCACUGGUAUCAUUGAAAAGAAGCUCAAGAACAGAAUACAUUGGAAGGGACUUGCUGCAUUAAGGCCAGGGGUGGUGGAAGAUGACGCCUCUGUAUUACAGGCAGAACUUGAAAACCUUUUCAUGCAAGAGCAAAGCUUAGAUGAUCAGAUAAGGCUAAUGCAGGAAAGAUUGAGGGAUUUAAGUGAAGAUGAAAACAACCAAAAGUGGCUUUUUGUAACCAAAGAAGAUAUUAAGGGCAUACCCUGCUUGCAGAACGAAACCCUGUUAGCAAUUAAAGCUCCACAUGGAACGACACUGGAAGCCCCAGAUCCAGAUGAAGCUGUUGACUGUACACAGAGAAGAUAUAGGAUUAUUCUUAGAAGCACAGUGGGUCCUAUUGAUGUCUACCUUGUCAGCCAAUUUGAGGAGAAGUUUGAGGAGAUGAAUGGUGCUGAGCCACCUGUGAGCUUCCCAGUGGCUUCCUGUUCAGUAGUCAACGCUGAGAGCACACUUGCACUUCAGGCACAACCCAACCAUCAUAUGUGCUCUGAUCUAAAUGCUACACAGGAUUUUGUUGGGGGCAUGAUGAAGAUUGUUCCCUCAGAUGUCGAUAAUGACGCAGAUUACUGGCUUCUGUCAGAUGCUGAAGUCAGCAUAACAGAUAUCUGGAAAACAGAUGCUGUUGAAUCGACUGGGAUGGAUGUGCUUCAUGCUGACUUUGGAAUAGCUGAUGUCUGUGCUCCAAUUCCAGAAACUCCACUAUCUGGGAUCACUGAAGUGCCAUCUAUGGCUGUUAAUUCUACUCAGAGAUGAAUGAAUAUUGAUUUGGGUAAUGCAUUGAAUCAAGAAACUCAUGUCUUUUAGCUAAUGGUUUAAAGAUGCCAAAGGGUUGCCAGGUGAAUGAAUGAUGGAGAAGCUUUUGGAAUGAAGCUAAUGGUUGGUAGAUGGGGUUGAUUCUUAUACUGUAAAGUUAGGGGGCCAUGGUAGAAUACAUUAGUUUUCUAUAUAAUAUUAGAUAUUUUGAUGAUAA